UCUUUACCCUUUUCUCUCCUACCAAAACCCAGAGAAAGAGAGAGAGAGAGAGAUGGGAAAAGGUCGUGUGUUUGAGGUUGGAGAUCCGAAAAUGACCGCCGGCCGUCAAUCACUGUCUCGACUCUCCGCCGCUAAUUCCCCGGAAUUCGCCACUUCACGGCGAGCCCCCCACGCCAAACCCCCAUUUACACUCGCCCACCUGAAGAAAUCCAUCCCUCCCCACUGCUUCCACCGCUCCCUCCUCCAAUCCUCCGCCUAUCUCGCCUUCGACCUCGCCGUCGCCUCCCUCCUCUUCUACGUCGCCGCUACCUACUUCGCCCUCCUUCCUCCCCCCCUCGCCUACCUCGCUUGGCCCCUCUUCUGGCUCCUCCAGGGCUGCACCCUCACCGCCGUCUGGGUCAUAGCCCACGAGUGCGGCCACCACGCCUUCAGCUCCCACCGCUGGCUAAACGACGCCGUCGGCUUCCUCCUCCACACCUCCCUCCUCGUCCCUUACUUCUCCUGGAAGCACAGCCACCGCCGCCACCACUCCAACACCGCCUCCCUCGACAGCGACGAAACCUUCGUCCCCAAACUCAAACCCGAACUCCCGUGGUACCACACCUACCUGAACCACCCGCCGGGCCGGAUUCUCACCAUCUCCGCCACGCUCGUCCUCGGCUGGCCUCUGUACUUGGCAUGCAACGCCUCCGGCCGACCCUACGACCGCUUCGCCUCCCACUUCGACCCUCACGGCCCCAUCUUCUCCGACGGCGAGCGGGCCCAGGUCUAUCUCUCCGACGCCGGCGUCCUCGCCGUGGCUUACCUCCUCUUCUCCGUCGCGAAUUCGAACGGGCUCUGCUGGGUUCUCUGCGUCUACGGAGUUCCGUUGCUGAUUGUGAACGCGUUUCUCGUGACGAUCACGUACUUGCAGCACACGCAUCCAUCGCUGCCGCACUACGACUCGUCGGAGUGGGACUGGUUGCGGGGAGCGCUGUCGACGGUGGACAGGGACUAUGGGAUUCUGAAUAGGGUUUUUCAUAAUAUUACCGAUACUCACGUUGCUCACCAUUUGUUUUCCUCUAUUCCGCAUUACCAUGCAAUGCAGGCCACUGGGGCGAUGAAGGAUGUGUUGGGGGAUUACUAUCAGUUUGAUGGUACUCCAGUUUACAAGGCUUUGUGGAGAGAAGCGAAGGAGUGUUUAUACGUGGAGAGGGAUGAAGGUGACAGGAGCAGAGGUGUGUUCUGGUUUAAAAAUAAGACCUAGGUUGAGACGAGAUUAUGUAUCAUGUAUUAUGUAGUAUAAUUAAUUCACAGAGUAAUGUUAUACCAACAAAUGUAUUUUAUGGAUUU